GGUGUGGCCUAUCAAGAUGUCACUCUCGUCCUCUUUCCCAUGCACAAUCACAUCCUCGGCUCGCUGCUUCCAUCCACUCAUCAUCCAUCUUCAUUUCACUUUCGCUUCUUGCUUGCUCCUUCGUCUCGCUCAUCAUUCUUACUUUCUGUUGCGGCUGGACCGUUCUCACAUUUGCUUCUAACAGCUGGUCCUGCCCCUCAAGCGACAAAAAGCUGAGCCCACGUUCCUUCCCACUCAACUCGGACUCGCAAUUAUUCUUGUCCAAAUGAGGGCCUUUGGGCUACCCUCGGCGCUGGUCGUCGCUGCUCUACUCUCUACAGCCAUCGGCACCUUCGCUGCCCCUUUGAGCCAGCGGUCUCCACAAGCAAACAGUACCAGCGCUCUUCAAGAGCGCGAAGGAUCUCCAACCAACAGCAUGACCUACGGCUCUGACGAAUCACCCAAGCAAGCGCACUUUGGCAGGAACUCCGUCGUAAGAGGGGUCAAUCUGGGUGCCUGGUUCGUUCUCGAAUCUUGGCAAAAUCCUUCGCUCUUCUUGACGCAGGAUAUCCGCUCCAUGCAACUCAACGAUGAGUGGAGCUGGAUGAACGCCAAGGGAUCCAAAGCGCAGGAGGAUUUGGUCGAACACUAUCGCACAUUCAUGAAUCAGUCGGAUUUUGAGGCUAUUCAACGAGCAGGUCUCUCAACCGUCAGGAUCCCCGUGCCCUUCUGGACCUUUGUGCCCACGGUGAAGCCAGAGCCAUACCUUGCCAGCAGGCAACGAAAAGCUUUGCGCGAUGCUCUCACAUGGUCAAAGCAAUAUGGCCUUGACGUGGUCCUUGACCUGCACACAGUUCCUGGAUCUGUCAAUGGGCUGGACAACGGUGGCAGGCUUGGUGAGCAGGCGUUUGCCGACGACCCGAACAAUGCAAAGCGCGCUUUGAACGCGCUGAGCGUCAUGACGGACAUGUUUGUCAACAACGCGAGCUACGGUGGCGUAGUCAAAGCCAUUCAGGUCGCCAAUGAGCCCAAAAUCAACGAACGCUUGUCGUGGUCAGUGUUGCAAGAUUAUCAAGCAGCAGCGCUCAAGACUAUACGCGCUGCUAUCAAGCCAUCGGCGCCCGUCGUCCCUACCGUCCUCUUCUCGGACGCUUUCCAGCCCUGGUCCAAGUACGAUGCGCUGCUGCCCUCUGACGCUUAUCCUACCUCUCAGAUUGCGGUGGACCAUCACCAGUACUUUGUGCGCGCAUGGGAUAGCCGUGUUCCAAAGGACGACGAUGAGCUGAUCGAUUACGUCUGCGCAAUCGGUCCGCGCAUCGCAGCAGCCCAAAAGAAGCGCGCCGUCAUCGUUGGGGAAUUCUCGUUGGGUCGCGAAACGAGAUGCGUAGACUACCACACUUGCCAAGACGUCAAGAUGUCGCAAGACGUUUCAACUCUGAACUCAGCAGAGAACAACAAGUUUAUGCGUCGCUUCUUUGAGGCGCAAGCUGCUUCUUACGAACAAGGAGGAGGAUGGAUCAUGUGGUCGUGGAAGACAGAGUCCGCUGCGGCUUGGUCUUACUCGGCUGCCAGAGAGCAAGGUUGGAUACCGGACGACGUGUCGGACCCUGCUCAAUGGCUUUACAGACCGGCGGAUGAGAGCCAGAGAAAGGCACUGCCUGAUGGUCAGUGCAUCACCACUCAGCCUUCCCGCUCACCACGCUUCGCGACGCAGUCAUAGACUUGUAACCUUUUGCAAUUCUGACCAGUCUUGCCUGCGCUAUGGGUGGAAUGCAUGCUCGGCACUUUUCUUUUUCCACGCGCCAUGCACUUGUUAGGCCGAUAUCUUUGCUCCCUUUGUAUGGAGGAACCCCACUCGUGCGUGAAGCGUCAUUCUGACCGUAGCGCGGACGGAAGUGGCCGUGCCGCUGC